AUGUCGUUCAUAGAAUCCGAACAAAAAGUACUUAUUAAUACGAGAGCAGGUGGUGUAUACAUUCCACCUGCUCGGUUACGGCAGAUGCAACAGACAAUAACUGAUAAAGCUAGUAAAGAAUAUCAAAGAAUCACUUGGGAAGCACUGAAAAAAAGUAUAAAUGGGCUCAUUAAUAAGGUCAACACUUCAAAUAUAAAGAACAUUGUUUUCGAGCUGUUUAAUGAAAAUCUAAUUCGUGGUAGAGGUCUUUUUGCUAGAUCGAUCAUGAAAGCACAAUCGGCAUCUCUACCGUUUACACCUGUAUAUGCCGCGUUAGUGGCUAUUAUCAAUACUAAGUUACCACAAAUUGGCGAAUUAGUACUUACUAGAUUAAUUGUUCAAUUCCGUAAGGCAUAUAGGCGUAAUGAUAAGACAACAUGUUUAGCCACAACAUCUUUUAUUGCACAUUUAUGCAACCAUCUGGUAUCUCACGAAAUCGUCGCAUUACAAGUCCUAGUUCUGUUGCUUGAACAUCCUACUAGUGAUUCGGUAGAAGUCGCCGUUGGAUUUAUGCGUGAAUGUGGUGCUCACUUAGCUGAUGUCUCACCAAAAGCGAAUAAUGAUGUCUUUGAUCGAUUUAGGGCUAUUCUACAUGAAGCAAAUGUAGAAAAAAGAGUUCAAUAUAUGAUCGAGGUGCUGUUUCAAGUAAGGAAAGAUAAAUUUAAGGACAAUCCACCAAUUCCUUCAGAAUUAGAUUUGGUCAAGGAGGAUGAUCAAAUUACUCAUCACAUAUCAAUUGAUGAUGAAUUAGAUGUUGAAGAAACCCUUGGCAUCUUCAACUUCGAUCCAAAUUAUUUAGAAAAUGAGGAAAAAUACAAGGAAAUAAAGUCACAAAUAUUGGGGGAUGAUUCUGAAGAAAGUGGUGAAGAAUCAGGUUCUGAAAGCAGUGAUGAUAACGAAAAUGAUGAGGAUGAAGAAGAAUUGGCCAAGAAAAUGGAAAUUCACGAUUUAACAAAUACCAAUUUGAUAACGUUGCGAAAGACGAUAUACUUGACUAUCAAGUCAAGUCUUGACUUUGAAGAAUGUUGUCACAAACUAAUGAAACUAAAUAUUCAAGAAGGACAAGAGACUGAACUUUGCAACAUGAUAAUUGAGUGUUGUUCUCAAGAACGUACUUAUGAAAAAUUUUUCGGCCUCAUAGGAGAACGACUUGCAAAGAUAAAUUCGGUUUGGGCCAAAGCUUUUGAGCAAUGUUUUAUUCAAUAUUACGAAACGAUCCAUCGAUAUGAAACAAAUCGAUUAAGAAACGUAUCAAAAUACUUUGGACAUCUUUUAGCAUCAGAUGCUAUUUCUUGGGAAGUUUUUAGUGUGAUUAAAUUGACAGAAGAUGACACUACGUCAAGUUCUCGAAUUUUUGUGAAAAUAUUAUUUGAAGAACUUAGUGGCACUUUAGGUAUACCGAAACUUAAAACGAGGCUAAAUGACGAUACAAUGAGUAUAUAUUUUCAGGGUCUUUUUCCAAAGGAUCAUCCACGGAAUAUACGUUUUGCAAUCAACUAUUUUACAAGUAUUGGAUUAGGUCAAUUAACUGAAGGAUUAAGAGAAUAUUUAGCGAAUGCACAAAAACAAAUAUUGGCGGCAAAACGUAAACGAGAGGAUAUUAGUAGUUCAUCAGAUUCAGAUUCGUCAUCAGAUUCGUCGUCAUCGUCAUCAUCGGGUUCAUCCGACAGUUAA